AAAUAAUAAAUAUUUUUAAAAUACUAUUUGUCAACAGAAAAAACUAGAAAAACUGGAAUAUUUGUUAUUCUAAAUAUUUAAAAUCUUUUAAAUUAUCCAAAAAAGACUGAAUCAUCCCAAUAGCUUCAUUCAAAAUAUUUAAUUUAUCCAAAUUAUUCUAUAUUAAAAGACCGAAAACAGAUGUUAUACUUGAAUUACAUGAAAUUAACCAAAAAUUCAAAAUUGGAAAUAAACUUUUAUUGGAUAUUAGCCGAUUCCUUCAAUUGUUACUUAAACAGAACCGAAUUUCAUAAAUAAGCUAACAAUUUCUAUAUUCUUUUUAGAAUAAAAAACCAAAAACCGAAACUAAACCGGAACCGACCACUAUACCAAACAGUGAACCGAAAUUGGAACGGUGAAGUUAACGCCGUCAAUACUAACGGCUGUUUAAACUCCCGAGGAAGAAGAUCAUAUGAUCACUGCCUCUUCCCUAAACUCUCAUAGCGUUGUUGAUCAUCAGAGAGAUGGUUGUUGAUUUGGAGUCGGUGUCAGAGGCGACCUCCGGAGCCGUGGGGUCGCUUCUGAGCACAACCAUCUUAUAUCCACUCGAUACAUGCAAAUCAAAGUUCCAGGCCGAGGUUCGAGCCCAAGGCCAGCAAAAAUACAGACAUCUCUCUGAUGUUCUGUGGGAAGCGGUUUCAAAACGACAGAUUAUGUCGCUGUAUCAAGGCCUAGGGACAAAGAAUCUGCAGUCCUUUGUUUCGCAGUUUAUUUACUUUUAUAGCUAUAGCUAUUUCAAGAGGGCGUAUAGUCAAAGAACCGGUACGAAAUCGAUCGGAACGAAGGCGAACUUGCUUAUUGCUGCUGCUGCUGGAGCUUGUACUUCUGUCUUAACCCAGCCUCUAGAUACAGCUUCAUCAAGGAUGCAAACGAGUGAGUUUGGAGAAUCAAAAGGGUUGUGGAAGACCUUAACCGGUGGUGCAUGGGGAGACGCGUUUGAUGGACUAGAGAUCUCUCUUUUAUUGACUUCGAAUCCCGCAAUUCAGUAUACAGUGUUCGAUCAGCUGAAACAGCGUCUGCUUGAACAGAAAACAGCAAAAGCUGAGAAUGGUUCUUCUUCACCGGUGGUGCUCUCUGCCUUUAUGGCCUUCUUGUUAGGUGCCGCUUCCAAAAGUGUUGCCACUGUCAUCACAUAUCCUGCAAUAAGGUGCAAAGUGAUGAUUCAAGCUGCUGAUGACUCCAAGGGAAAGGAAACUAAGAAGCCCAUAAGAAGGACAAGGAAAACGAUUCUAGGGGUUGUCUGUGACAUAUGGAGAAAAGAAGGGAUGUUAGGGUUCUUUAAGGGGCUGCAUGCUCAGAUCUUGAAGACAGUUCUGAGCUCAGCUUUGCUACUGAUGAUCAAGGAGAAGAUCAGUGCAACAACGUGGAUUCUCAUUCUAGCUAUCCGUAGAACUCUGUUUCUCACAAAGGGUAAGUUGAAAAGUCCUUAAGCAAAGCAAGGACAGGCUUGCAGGUCGGUCAAGUUGUUAUCUCUCUUUAUGUAUGAUUCACGCAGGAUAAAUCUCGGUUUCGCUUAUAUGCACUGGUUUUUAUUCUAAUACAAGCAUUGUAAUAGUUUUUUAGUUCCACGAAACAGUCUAAGUUUUGAUCUAUAGAUCAUAUUAUGAAAACUGGUUGUAGCUGGAUUGAAUUUCUAGGCGCACAUGGUUGUCAGUAAAAGUGAGAGUCUUUGUGUAGAAUAAAAGGAACAAAGUAAAUGAUGUAAUAAAAAAUGUUUCUUAA